CUAGUGUGCGGGACGCUCCAGCGAAUGAUGCAUGACCAGCAGCUGCUGAGUUUCUUCUCGGCGGCUGAGAGCGCCUCCGCUACACUGUAAAUGAAGUGGGUUAUGGAGUAAACACUAGAGGAUCACACUGGAAUCUUGACAGCAGUGGAGGUCCAGCAUAAUCUCCUGAUGUCUACUUAACAUUACCGCUAGCAGUCACAUAUACAUAUGAGGCCAGAUGCCUAGAAACGAACAAUGCUUCCGACACCUCGAACAGCUCACGUUGACUACGAUCGCAUCUACGAACCAGCUGAGGACUCAUAUCUACUGUUAGACACUCUCGCCAAACGAUCAGAGAGAGACUUUCUUCGGAAGCGCUUCCCACGUAACUCGCCUUCUCCAGUAGUUCUCGAAAUCGGCACGGGCUCUGGUGUUGUUCUGGCUUUUGCUACCGCGCACGCCAACCACAUCUUUGGCCGCUCAGACGUGUUGACAAUCGGUACUGAUGUCAACCCUUUUGCGUGCGUGGCAGCUCUAAGGACGGUCGAGCUUGCAGUGAGCGAAGCGAACACUGCUGGAACGAGUACUGGGUUCUGUCUUGGUUGCCUCGAAGCUGAUCUUGCUACGCCCUUCGGAGGCCACGCUGUUGAUGUAGCGCUCUUCAACCCGCCGUACGUGCCGACUGAGAUGGUGCCAACCGCGCCUGGCGACAGUAGCGUCGCUACGCCAUUCGAGCGGGAGUCGCAGCUGCUGGCGCUCUCAUAUGCUGGUGGUGUGGACGGCAUGGAGGUGACCAAUCGUCUUCUCGACCAGCUGCCGGGCAUUCUCAGUAGGCGUGGGGUAGCGUACAUUCUGCUAUGCGCGCAGAACAAGCCCGCGGCGAUAGCGCGCCGUAUCAAUGAUGCAUCUGAUGAUUGGGUUGCGCAGGUUGUAAAUUCCAGUGGCAAAACAGCUGGCUGGGAAAGGCUCAGCAUCCUGCGAAUAUGGCGCACUUGAUCGCAGUCAUG